AUGAAGUUAUCAGUAUUGAACAGCAAGCUGCACCUGUCGUGGCAGCUGGGGGGCGGGGAGGGGGAGCUGGUGCAUCCUGAGAUACUGCAACACACGCAUGAUGAUGCAGACCAUACUUCCUACAGGGUGGAGAUUGAACGGGUAUGGAACUCGGUACAGUUAGUGGUGGAAAAAGCUGGCGCCAACGCCGUCACUGCGCGUAACUCUAGCGCCCCGCGGGCACACAGUCUACGCCCCCGUCGCUUGUGGCUGGGGGCCGCCAACCCAGCCACUACGGGCCCCACGUCGGGCCCCGGGCUACCGGCCUGCGUACACGCGCUAUAUUCGGACCAGCGGACGCUCGGAUUAUGGAACUUCGCUCACCAACCACGUGAUGCACAGUGUACUGGUUGCACGCAAAGAUGGUACAGUGGUCGAGGCAGCGAGCCGUCGAUGGUAUGGUUCAACGGUGCCGGGUACGUGGAGCUGGCUCGGUCCAGGGCCCGCCCGGCUGACAGAAGGCAGUUCAGUGUCGCAUUCACAUUCCGGACCAGGGACGAAGAUGCUCUGCUGUUCAUGGCACUCGAUACUGCUAACAACCGUUCAGUGUCAGUGUGGCUCCGGUCGUGUCGCGUAGUGUUCGACGUGGAGUACGGCGGGUCCCGGCUGCAGAUCACGGCGGCCGGCUCGCACUGCGCCGGCCGGCCCGCGCACGUACAGGCCACCAGGGUCUUCGCCAGCAACAAGCUCGAGAAAGGCAGCCUGCGCGUGAACGGCGAGGAGACGCUGGGGUCCCCCGCACCCCCCGUGCAGGCCGCCGCCGCGCUGCCAGACCUCGCCGCCGCCGUCUACUGGCUGGGGGGCGUCCCGCCGGGCCGCGGGGGCGCCGCGCCCGCCCCUCCACUGCUGGGCUGUGUCGGCGCUGUCACCGUGGACCGCGCUGGGUACGACCUGCUGGAUGCCCCCACUAGGCACGGUCUGGAGCCACGCUGUGGGGAGAGGACACUUCGUUCAGCGAUUGUAUCAGGCGAAGGCUACAUAGAGCUCCCGUCCCCCUCACUCCGCCGUAAGACAGAGCUGGGCGUGUCAUUCAGUGCGCGUGCGCAGGGGGGAGUGAUACUGUACCGCGCCCCUGACUCACCAGAGGACUUGCACUACCUCGCACUCGUAUUGAUUGCAGGCGAGUUAGAACUAGUGGCAGCGGCUGGUAAAGGAGAGAUACGCUUGCGAACCAACGGAACCAGGUUCGAUGACGGGAGGAUGCACACUGUGACGAUAAUAAGGAUGCAUAAACAGUUAGAACUAUGGGUGGAUGACGAGCAGUUAGCUCGAGGCGCGCUUCCAGGAGGGGCCUACCCCCCACGACCUGGGGGACUGUUCCUCGCAGGGGUGAAGGGGCUAACACACCCGGGGAUACCACUGGAGUCAUUCAAAGGAACCAUCGCUGACUUCAUCGUGGAUUCCGAGCUGAUAGGUCUAGAGACAGCAGUGUCAUGGCACGGCGCCCAGUUGGGUCGUGCGGAGGAGGGGGCGGGGGCUGCACCCCCUCCACCCCCCACACAGCACGCACAACAUGACGCCGCGCCCACAUGUACUAAGACAUCAUCGUACACUGUGGAGGCAGGCGCGGUGAAGUUUGGCGACGUACCACAUAGCCACGCCUGGCUGCGCACGCGCAGACGUGGUGAUAUUGCCAUCACGCUGCAGAUACGGACAUAUGCUACUGAUGGACUGUUGUUACUGGCACCGGGUUCGAAAGCAAAACCAAAGCACUUCAUGUGCCUAAUGCUACGUGAGGGCAAGUUACGCUUGGUGGUGCGCGGGCGCAAGCGGAAGGAAGUGACCCUCCCCCCCACUGUCAGUGACGGCGCCUGGCGACAGGUGUCGCUGAAAGUAACGCGGGGCCGAGCCUGGCUGGCAUGCGCAGGCGCAUCCGCCACUGUACGGGGGGCCGCUGCCAGGGCGCAGAGGCUAUAUGUAGCUGGUCUACCACCUCCACCUGCACUACCUAAUCUGCCUAAUGCUAUCACCCGUAUCCCUGGUUUCCGCGGCUGCAUCCGUCGCGUAUCACUGAAUGGUCGUGCAGAGGACUUAGUGAGAGAUGCGCAGGCGCACCACGGUGUCGGCCAGUGCUUUCCUAAUGUAGAACAGGCUGCUUACUUCGGAGGUGAUGCGCAUGCGACCUGGUCAAGUUCCUGGCUACUGACAUCAGACGGUUCCGAGGCAUCCACUGAGCUGAGGCUGCAGUUCCGGACUAGUGAACCUAAUGGAGUACUACUGGCUGCUGCAGGCCUACUGCUUGAAGUUAAAGAUGGAGCUGUGGUGCUGUCCCGGCAGGGCGCGGAGCGGGCCCGCGUGUGGUGGCGCGGCGCGGGCGGCGGCGGCGCGUGCGACGGCGGCUGGCACGCGCUGCGGGCGCGCGUCACGCCGCGGGCGCUGCAGCUGCAGCUGGACGGCGGGGACGUCGUCCGGGACGCGCCCACGGCACUACUGCUGGACUCCACUGAUACUGCUGCCACGCCUACUGCGCUAUACAUCGGCGGGCUGCCUGAAGGUGUAAUGGAAUCAACAGAAGGUGGUAAGAAUUUCAACGGAUGCAUCCGCGACGUUUCAAUAGGUGGUCAACAGCGAGACUGGACGGAAAUGGAGUCUAUACAUAACGUCUUACUGGACUCCUGCCCAAUACCACAGUAGACUCUAAGUAGCAAGCUAUUAGGUUCAAAUUCCAGUCACGAAACUUGGUAACAGUGCCAUGCUUAGCCGAUGAAGAGAUUGGUGCAAAAUGUUUGAAUCAUACAUUUGUACCUAUGAACAUAAAGGCUGAAUUAAAAUAAUUUGAGUUUUAAAUGAUUUGGUAGCGACAUUUUAUCUUUGUUAGUCUUAUCAUACGCUGCGCCGCGAGGGUGGCGCGUAAAUACGAGUCCCGUCCCGUUAUAACUUGAAAUCAGUAGAAAUUUCCUCAAAAUAGCUGCAAAAUGAGGAACGCAUUAUUUUUAAUUUAGUACCUAUAUCCCUCAUACUGCAAAAAUUGCACCAUGUGGGACAAAGAUAGAUGUCGCUACCAUAUUGUUUGAAGUCUGUAACGUGCCUUAUAUUCUGUAAGUUUUACCAAAUAGUGCCAUUAUAAUAUUGUACCCACAUAAGUGAGUAAAGUCUGAUUUACAGCCAAACCGACAAUUUGAUUAAAAUAUAAAUAUCUACAUGAAUAAUAAUGAGUUCUGAGAAAAAUCAGAAAAUAGUCUGGUGUUUUGUUUUGAUAAUAUCGUGAGUUAAUAAAUUGUUAGCAAAUAAUUAAUAUUAAAAUCAUGAUAAUCUAAAAAUAAUGUAGGUACCUACGACCUAUAAUUUACGACCGAUAAAAAUAAUCACUGAUAUUUAUGGUUCUCGCAAAUCAGAUAUUUUGUCUGAGAUAAUUAUUAUUUCUUUUGGAUAUUUUGUUUUAAUCAAAGUGUUGCCAUUAAACACAAAUAUUUUUAAAUGAACAGUUUUCUAAUAAUGCCUUGCAAUACGUGUAGAAAUGUGUAGACACUUAGACAGUGAGGCUUUAAUGAGGCUAUGUUAUAAGUUAAUUAUAGGCUAGACACUGUCGCGAACUAUUUAAUUCACAUUUUAAUAAUAUUCUGCCAUAGAAUACGUAAUAAACAUCAUUAUUCAAACUAGUCGUGAUUACUAUUAACAUAAAUGACUUAGUAAAAAUACAUUUUUAAAGAUUUAUCAAAGUGAAUUUUUUUUCACGAAUUGAAGUAGUCCGCGACAACAAUCACUCCAGCGACCAAUACUCGAUUUAAAAUGUAAAUACACGUACUUAAUAACUGCUACCAGUAUUUUUAUAAUAAUUUGUACAUAUUAGGUAGACUACUUAACUUUGUUUUAAUUAAUAGACCUAAGUUUAAAUGUAUCGAGUAGGUAAAGCUUGACCACAGAUAAAACUUUACAGUCGCGCCCAUUUGGCGGUCUUUUAUAUCUGAUUGGGCUAGACAUUCAGCCAGUUCCUUGUUUAUGAGUUUUUUUUUUAUUUUAAAUAGUUCAGCAGUCAAAUAAAAUAUUUAUGAUGAUGCGUACUCCUUCAGUUUAAUCAGUCAUCUAACUGAUUAAUCUCAAUCAGAAGCUCCGAUUUAUUGAUUUUAUAUUUGAGAAUUUAUAAAUAAACCGAACGUUUUUACUAAAAAUAGAUUGACAAGUGACUUUAAUUUAUAAGUAAGUACAAAAAUAAAUUAUUUAUUUAUUUUCUAUCAUGAAUAGUUUCACUCAAAUCACAUGUAUGUACAACAACGAAGUCUUAAAACAGUAAAGUCCUAGAUAAAAAAAUAAAAUGUUCUUCACUUGAUGACUUUGCUAGAUUUGUUUUAAAUAAUAAUUGAUUAUACUGAUCAAUUAUUUCUUUGUAUGUAUUUUAUAGGUUCGAUCUUUUUUCUCAAAUAAAUUAAUAUCCUUUGUUUGGAAAUCUUACUGUUAAUGUUUUACCUGGGGCAUGACUUUUCCAGCCACCGUGUUAAUGUGAACCGAAGUUAUUGUUGAAAUAAAAAUAAUGAUAAAUGGAAACAAGAUUUAUUUUACUUUUUUACAUGUUAGCAUUCACAAAAAAGUAUUAAAUUAAAAAAAUACUCAUUAUUCAGGAGUGGAAGGAGGGCAGGGAAGCCCCGCAUUGGUACGAUCACGGCUGAAAAAAAUAACUACUUCAUUAUAGUUCCACUAUAAUACCUAAUCACUUGCAACAAUAUAAACCAUAUUUAUUCCGAAGAACCUAUCUGGAGUUCAUAAUACAGCAAAAAGUAUAUAAUAAAAGGUGGAUAGUAUUUUUUUCUUUUUAUUGGCAACAGAGUCCUAGAAUAAUUCUACACACUUUAGUAGGUACAAAAUUAUAAUAAAACAUUCAUGUACGACUAACUCUGAAGUGAUGCUACCCUGGUAUGGUGGUGUUUUCUCGAAAGUCAUGAUGCUCCUUUUUGUGUAGGAUUCUUUUAGAUGUAGUUUUUACAGUUUUUAACUUCGGAAUAAAAUAGUGUAUCUUUGUUGAUUAGUGGAGUUCCACACAAAAAUAUUCAAUACUCGUACAUAGUUAUGUACGAGUAAUGAAUAUUUUCAUAGUUAUGUACGAGUAUUGAAUAUUUUUUAGUUUUAGAUCUUUUUUGUAAUAAUAUUGUAAGUAAAAUAUUUUACCAGUGGUCGUACCCCUUUUUGCUGCACAGAAAUGUUUUAUCCUCAAAAUUAAUUUUCUAGUUUUAAAAUUAGUUUUAUUCUAUGAGCACUUACGUUCAAGUAAUAAGUACUGUUGUAAAUAAAUAGGGACUUGCUUUAAUAGAUAAAAGAGCGAUGUUUGUCACAAAUAUAAUUUAUUAAU